AUGAAAGUUAACAACAUCCCCGAGGAAAGUCGGGGCUAUGAAAAGCAAUUAGACUGUCUGCUCCAGCCAUAUAGUUUGGGGGUUCCUUUUUCUCUUUUUUUUUUUUGCAUACUUUGCAAUUCCUGCAGUCUAUUGGGACAGUGUGCCCCCACCAUCUUGUCAUGUGACAGUCCUCCACCUCACGGCCCACUCAAGAAUGAAUCUGCCUCAACGUUAUUUUCUCUCCUUUUCCCAAAUAGCCUGAAGACCACCCUGAAGAAAAAGCUGGCCGGCGAUGUGGUCAACCUCUCCGGCAUCCCGCUCUCGGGAAGAGACGUCCACCGCGUGGGCUUGUACCUGCAGGGUGCCAGCGACGCCGUGUCGGCUGUGGACUUGAGCUUCACGGGCCUUCAGGACGACAGCUUGCGCCUGCUCCUGCCGGUCCUAAGCGGUUUGCCCAAGUUGACCACGCUCGCCGUCAACGGCAACCGUCUGACGGCGGCCGUCCUCAAGGAUGUGACGGAGGUGGUGAAAGAGCCGAAGAAGUUCCCCAGCCUGGCGUGGAUCGACCUGGGUAACAACGUGGACAUCUUUACCGUGCCGCAGCCGCUGCUGGUGGCCCUGCGCCGACGUUUCGGUUUACGCAGCAGCCUGCCUACCAUAUACGAGUACAGCGAGGCAAAGUUCGGCGGCUACGUUACCAAUAUGGAGACUUCCGUGGAGGAGACCAGCGUGUUUGAGGAAGGCGACGAGGGCGAGGAUGAGCGAGACCAAGACGACGACAGGCUGGAGUUGCGAGCUUGGGGCUUUACGGAGGAGAGAACGUCCAGGAAUGUGCAGGUGGCCUUCUGUGGGAGGUGAUUCAAGAAGAAAUCUUGACUGACUUUCCUGGCUCUUCGUCUUGUCUCUUGAGAUAAAAAGUAAAUGCAGUUUUGUCCCUCUGGACAGCUAAGGUAGACGCAUGUUGAAAAUGAUAAAAGAUCAUCACUUAUCGCUCAUUAUUUUGCGGACUCUUCAUCCAAGGAAACCCCCGAUGACCCCAAUUUGAGGAAGCCGACUUGUGAAACCACUGACCGAGUCUCUUGCCGACCCAUGGAAAAGCUGGGCAGUUAAGUGCCUUGCACAAGAACACCUUAACAAUCACUGACAAUAUGUUUACACGGUCACUAUGGGAACCCUUUCGAAUUCCUGGCAUUGGAAAUGAUUCGUUUUCAUCCUCCAGAAAACAAACUCUCAGUUCACGUGACUAACCGGUCUUGAAAUACAAAGUUUACACAAUCCGUUCGGAACACUGAUCAACAGAUGCUGAGGUGUCAAAAAAAGGGAGGAUUGCAUUUCAUUCAAGAGUUACUGCACAUGACUGAAGUAUGAGGCUUUCAAAAUAAAACAGGAAGUCAACACUGUGUUGAAUAUCUAUCCAUUAUCUAAUCCGCCUAUCCUCACCAGGGUUGCGGGCGUGCCGGAGCCCAUG